AUGGCCACCAUUGAUACAUCCCUGCCUCCAGAGGCCUCCGGAGCGGCGGCUGCCUUGGCUGCCCAGCACGCUGAAACCCACCCGCUCAAGCUUUAUGGCGGCUGGUUCUGUCCCUUCGUCCAACGCUCAUGGAUCGUUCUCGAAGAAAAGAAGAUUCCUUAUCAAUACAUUGAGAUCAAUCCAUAUAAAAAAGCGGCUUCAUUCGUGGCCAUGAACCCCCGUGGCCUCGUGCCCACGCUUGCUGUGCCGGCUGGCGCGCAAGGGACAGAACAGAAGCCUCUGUUUGAGAGCAACAUCAUCAGCGAGUACCUGGAUGAGGAAUACAGUGACGAAUCGAAAUACGGGCCAAGCUUGUUGCCAAAGGACCCGUAUGACCGAGCGCGUGCCCGUCUCUGGAUCGACCAUAUUAGCAGCAAAAUCAUCCCCGCAUUCUACAAGCUGUUGCAACACACAGACGAGAAGCCAUUCACGCUGGAUGAUGCCAGGAGAGAGCUUCACAAGUAUAUUCACGCACUCACUGAACAGAUGGAUCCAAUCGGUCCUUUCUUUGCCGGCAAAGAGCUGACUAUGGUGGACAUCUGCCUAGCACCCUGGGCCAAACGUCUCUGGCUGAUUGAUCACUACAAGAGUGGCGGCGUGGGGAUUCCCGUCCAAGGCGAGAAUGAGGAAUGGGGGCGAUGGAGAAAAUGGUUCCAGGCAAUCACAGAGCGCAAGAGUGUGACGGACACUUGGAGCGCUGAUGAACGCUAUGUUAUUGCGUACAAGCGGUAUGCUGAUGACACAACGAACUCAGAGGUCGGCCAGGCUACGCGCCAGGGCAGGAGGCUCCCAUAG